GUAACGAAAUACAUGUAACGGCGUUACGUAAUUAAAUUACAAAAUAAAUGUAACGGUAAUACAUUACAGUUACUGUAUAAAAAUGUGUAAUUCAAUUACAGUUACUUGUGUAAUUUUUCAGAAUUACAAUUUAAGUUACAUAUUAAAAAUGUCAGCAAAGCCUUUAUGAAAUAUGAAAUAAUAUUUUUUUGCCUGUUUCGCACGUUUUCAUUAGGCCUAUAAACAUCGUCCUUUUCCAUUCCCCCCCCUCCCACAGACAAUAAUUAUUUCUGAUAGGCUCUCCUAUCACGUCUAUAAUUGCAGCGCCAGCGCCAUCACCUCAGUCUGAUAGCAGAUGCCUGGGCAUGUUGUGAUCUGAGUUUCAAACUACUACUAGCAAUGUCUAAUAAAACUGCAUUUCACAGCUGGAAAUUUAGAAAACAUUUCAGAUAUGUCGCGGAAAAGGGCAUAAAUCUAACUGUGCAAUGUAAUGCUUGUUUGCCGGCUACCAAGAUGUUGUCCACAUCGAAAACCUCAAUGUCCAACCUCAGGAAACAUCUAGAGAGGAGACAUCCAAGUAUUCUUCUGACACAAGAUACACCAUGUCAGUCUGAUGAUCUGCCAAGCACUUCUACCCAAGAAUCUUCUCAACCUCCUAUGAAGCAAGCAAGGAUAGUGACAGGGUUCAGCGUGUCACAGGAACGUGUGAACAAGUUGGUGUUUGAUUUUGUCGUUGAAGAUGUACAGUGCUUUUCAGUAGUGGAGCAACCAUCAUUCCGGAAGCUUGUUGAGGGUCUUAGUGGUGGGAAAAAAACAAUGUGUAGAAAGACUCUAAUGCAGCGGAUUGAUAGGGAGUUUGCAAUUAUGAAGGAAUCUGUUAUCUCCAAGCUUAUUGAUGUGGACACUGUCUGCACAACAGCAGAUAUUUGGUCAGCACAAAACCGUAGUUUCUUUGGUGUGACAUGUCAUUGGAUUGAUAAGGACACGCUAGAGAGGCAUUCUGCAGCUUUGGCCUGCACCCGCCUGAAAGGUCGACACACCUACGAAGCGGUUGCAACAAAACUAAACAAAAUUCAUGCAGAAUAUAAGAUUCAAACUAAAGUCAGAUGCACUGUUACUGACAACGGAAGCAACUUUGUAAAGGCAUUCCGUGAAUUUGGUGUUAGUGAAGAGGAGACAGAUGAUCACAGUGAUGGUGUGACAUUUUCUGAUGUCAGUGGUCUUCUUCAGGAAGAGGAAGAUGAGCAGUUUUUUCUUCCACAACACCAGCGGUGUGCAGCUCAUACUCUUAAUCUAAUUGCCACAAAUGAGGUUCACAAAGCAGGAGAGAACGGUCCAUCGCGUAAGCUAUACCGAAGUGCAAUGGCAAAGUGCUCAUCUAUCUGGAACAAAUCACAUAGAUCUUCAUUGGCUGCUGAGGCAAUUCAGGAUAUAGCCAAAAUGCAGUUAACUGUUCCAUCAGUCACAAGAUGGAAUUCAGAAUUCAGGGCCAUUUCAAAAGUUGUAGGGCUCUCAGAAGACCAGUUGAGGGACAUCUGUGAUAAGCUCGAUUCUCCAAUGUUUCACCCGCAAGAGGCAGCAUUCCUAAAAGAAUACACUGAGGUUUUGCAGCCUUUAGCCCUUGCCAUUGAUAUUCUCCAGGGCGAGAACAAAUGUUACUUAGGAUUUGUCAUCCCUACUUUGUUGAGCCUCAAGACAAAGUUGUCUGAAAAGCUUCCUCAUGUUAUUUACACUGUGCACAUCAUCACCACCAUUACUGAAGCUAUAGAAGAAAGGUUUGGUUCAGUGUUAGCCAGUCAUGAAGCACAGAUGGCAACCACAACUCUGCCAAAGUUUCGUCUAUGUUGGAUCACCCCGAAAGAGAGAUGACAUGAGAAGAAUGCUUCUGCAGAAAGCUGUUGAUCUUGAACAACAACAAAGCCCAGUUUCAUUAAGAGAAGACGACAACAGAAGAUCAGAUGAUUCAGA